AAUCUGCCCGUGAUACCAGGUUAGUUGCAGAAAGGCAGUGCAACCACGGAAGCGCCAAGCAAGAUAAAGGCCCUGCUGGACAAACAGUUGGAGUGAAAAAUCAAGACAGCUGGAUCAAUAGGGCCAGACCCUCCAGGAUCUACCUGACAGUGGCCUAGCUUACUAUCAAAGAUGAAUAUCUGGACAGUCUGUAUAUGAUACCAGUUUACCUUCAGAACAGCAGUACAACCACAGAAGUGCCAAAUGGUUCUCUCCUUCUCUCCUUCAGGACAAGAACGUGGAGUGAGAAUCACGACAGCUACAUCAUAGGGCCAGACCCUUUACAGUGUACAUCACAGUGGUAUCUUCCAGUAUUAUUCCAUUCAUACAUCGUGUUCAAGCAUCCUUGGAAAACUGAAGUGGAGGAGAACAGACCACACAAGCUGUAAAACAUUUGUAGUUCUAAGACAAAAGAGGUUUUGUUAAAAGUAUUGGUUUUUUGUAAACAUAUAUUUAGCAGUAACAAGAACAGGUAGCCACCUCAACCUCUGAUAAUAACCCUUGGCAUACAAACCCAAAUUAUAAUGGAUGCCGAGUAUGUCCUAUGCAAUUGGAAAGACCAGUUGUGGCCAGCAAAAGUUUUGUCCAGAUCUGAAACUUCAUCAGACAGUAAGAGAAAAAAGUCAUUUUCCCUAGAAGUUCAAAUACUCUCACUAGAUGAAAAGAUUAAAGUAGAUAGUACAGAAACAAAGAUACUAAGUAAAUGUCAAAUUGAAGCCAUUGCCUCCUCACUAGCAGUGCAGUCAGAGGUCAGUGGUCCACCUACAGAGGAAAUGACUUAUAGAAGAUCUCUACAAGCAGCACUAGAUAUUCUGAAUGAGAGCACAAAUCUAAGUCAAGCAAGCAUUUCUGAUGAUGAGGAGACCAGUAUACUGUCUGAAAAUGCACCACAAAAUGAGUCUGAUUCACCCCCUCCUAAAAAGUAUCGAAAGCACGAAGGGGACUUAGAAAGUGAAAAUACAAUGUCUCUGCUAAUAUCUUCAGAGAGUGAUGAUUCCCUGCAUGAUGAUAAGCCCCAGGUGCACACAACUGUUGGUACUAUUCCAAGUGAAACUGAAACGAAGUCAUCACAAAGCCCCAGCUUGUGCCAGACUUUACCUUCACUUUUAGAAGAUGAGGAUGAAAAAAAGAGCAAGGAAAAGGUUAAUGCCUCAACAUUUGUCUCUGUGCAUUCCACAACCAAAGAGGAGGAUGUGAGUAUUAAAGAUGAAAAGAUUGUUCCAUGUUCACCAUCAGGUAUUCAUGCUAUGCCCAAAGUUUUGAAAGAGGAGACAGAAGAUACCUGCCAAGAGACCCUGGAUAUUUCCUCUGAAUGCUCUACCCUCUCAGACAAUGUUGAGGAUCCUGGAGAGGGUCCCUCAAAUCCACACUUAGAAGCUAGCCAAACUCAACCUUCUGUGGAAUCAGAGAUGGGUGCUGCAACCUCUACUGGGAGUCAGUCAUGGGAAUGCCAGGAUUCUUCUAGUGCCUGUAAUCCUGUCUUGGAUUAUUCACUUCUUGGGAAUAAUGAAAGAGGUCUUCAGGCACUGGAUUUUGAGGAACUUGAUGACGUUCAAGCUUCUGACAAGUCAUUACCUCAAAAUCCUGUUGAUGUUUCCUUGUUAGAUGACGAUGAGGAAGAAGAAGAACUUCCACGCCUCAUUUUAAAUUAUGAGUCACGUUCAUAUGAAACAGGAAUGAUAGUCUGGUUUAAAUAUCAAAAAUAUCCAUUUUGGCCUGCAGUGGUAAAAAGCAUCAGAAGAAAAGAAAAGAAAGCAAGUGUGCUUUUUGUUGAGGCAGACAUGAAUCCUGAAAAGAAAGGAAUUAGAGUAUCUUUUAGAAGAUUAAAGAAAUUUGAUUGUAAAGAGAAACAAGCACUAGUGGAAAAAGCCAGGGAGGAGUAUAGUGACAGCAUUGACUGGUGCAUUUCCCUGAUUUGUGACUACAGAGUGAGACUAGGAUGUGGCUCUUUUUCAGGCUCUUUCCUUGAGUAUUAUGCUGCUGAUAUUAGUUAUCCAAUUAGGAAAGUGACCAAACAGGAUACCUUCAGGAACAAAUUUCCAAAGCUGCAUAACGAAGAUGCUGGGGAAGCGAUGGUUGUGACUUCCCAGGCCAAGAAAAUGGCCUUCCGGAAAAUUCUCCCUGACCGGAUGAAGGCUGCUCGAGACCGAGCCAACAAGAACCUAGUGGACUUUAUUGUGAAUGCCAAGGGAACAGAGAGUCAUCUUCUGGCCAUUUUAAAUGGCACAAAAGCAUCCAGAUGGCUGAAAUCAUUUUUGAAUGCAAACAGGUUCACACCCUGUAUUGAAACAUAUUUUGAGGAUGAAGAUCAGUUGGAUGAGGUGGUGAAAUAUUUACAAGAAGUCUACAAACAAAUAGAUGAAAGAAUGCUGACUCUGAUAAAAGAUGAUAAAAUUAAAUUCAUCCUAGAAGUUCUUCUCCCAGAAGCAAUUAUUUGUUCAAUUUCUGCUGUUGAUGGCUUAGAUUAUGAGGCAGCUGAAGCAAAGUAUCUAAAAGGACCAUCUUUAGGCUACAGGGAAAGAGAAUUAUUUGAUUCAAAAAUCCUAUUUGAGAAGAGACGGAAACCAUCAACAAAUGAACCUCACUAAAUCUCCUGAGAGUUGAAACCGUAACAGGGAGCUCUGGUAGAUAGUACUAGUUUAAAAAAAUCUCUGAAUGGUUCUAACAUAUAAAUAUCUUCUGAGAAAGGGCUUUGGGUAACGUUCAUUUUUUUCUUCUUGAAAUCUCUAGGAUCUGUGGGUAUCACAAUAUCUUUAUUUCCUUUUCUUGCACUUCUUCAAUUUUGUCAACAUAUUUCAGCAGUUCUGCCUUCCCAUACAUUUUUAGAAUGCGUAAUUCCUACAUGACUUUUAAGGGAAAGUACUAUUUUGUUUAUGACAUUUCUGUGUCUGUGCUGUAUAGUUAAAUACAAUGUGCACAUUUAUUUUCAUAUUAAAAUUGCACUGGUACUAGAUAUUAAGCAAAAUUAUUAGAAAAAAGUCUAAAAGAAUCAGCAAUUAUAUAUUUUUUGCUUAAUUUUUUAUAAAAUAUUGGGUUUUCUCUUAAGAUAGUUGAAUUAUUUUUCCUGCCAUGCCUAUUUAUUUUUGGAAAAAAAUAUCUCUGAGGCAUAGAACCAAAGAUAGAUAUGCUUUGCUAUAUAGUAUAACUGACUGUAAUUGAUCUUGUAAUACACAACCUGAAAUUCAAAUUUAACUGGGUUAAUCUAUCUGCAUGUAAUCUAUAUGUGUGCAAAUAACAUCUCAGCAUGCAGAAAAUAAUUUUGGCAGCCAUUAACAGGAUUUUUCAUUCUACACUUGUCUGAAAUUCCAUUUUUGGAAGUAUCUGUCCUUCAAUGGCUGAAUAAUUUCUUGAAAUAGGCUUCUGGCUGUCUAUAACAAAGAGUGAGUAGAUCUUCAUUAGAUAGCUAUUUGACCAUGUGUGGAAGGCAACUAUAGUCAUUAUAGGUCUGGCCACUCUAUACCUAUGACUCCAGGCUAACUAAGAGCCCAUCUACUUUAAUAUAAACUGUAAAAAACGCAAGCACUUCUUUUUUUGUCUUUUAUCUCCAAAUAUAUAGUCAUUUGUCUCAAACCAAGCAAGCUUUAUAAUCUGGCUUAUUUAUAGAGUAGCUCUAAUUGUUUCCAGUAAUAUAAAUGCUAACUGUCAAGUCAUUCCAAAGUGCUGGAAGAAGUAGAUGGACCAGAAUCUGGGAAUAUGAAAAUAGAUCACAGAAAACGCCUUUAUUUGGCUAAAUAUGACAACUAUCUGCAUAUGGUUAAAAAUAUAUAAUCAGAAGUCCGAAGCCAAUGAGUGGUUUAUUCUAACUUGAAGCAAAAUUUUAGUGAGAAAAUAUUUUAGAAAAGUUAAUUUUAAAAACUUGAUGUGAAAAAAUGCUAAAGGCUUACGAUGAAACUGCACUUUUUUACCUUUUAGAGUGACAACUGUCACUCUUGAGCUCUUACGUGUUCACAUGGAUACAUGUUUAUGUAAAAUUUGGAAAAGUUGCGUGUUUUAAUUCGCAAUAAAAUCCUUAUAUCCUUUACUUUGGAUGUUCGCUUCAUCAUACUAUAGAUUUCAGCUACAUGAAUGAUCUUUUCGUUCAUUUAUAUGCACACGCGUGUGUGUAUAUAUAUAAUUUGUUUAAACUUUUCCUUGUUGCAGUUCCCAUCAUUCUAACACUUGUUAUAAUUCAUCUCAUUCUAAAUAAAUACUUA